UAUCCUCCUCAUCUUCCUCCUCCACUCAACUCGCUCACUCACUCACUGCCUACACCACUACUACGCUACACAACACACCUGCACUUGCCCUCCUCUGCCAACCAAGUACUGACUGCCACUGCCUACUUCCUUGGGUGGAGUAUUGUUGUUGUGCUGUGCCCUCUGUGCUCUGUGGCAGCGUGUGCUGUGCCGCAGCAGCAGCAGCAAGCAAAAGCAAGAAGAAAGAAGAAACCAUCAUUUUCACUUGUUGAUCCAGCAGCUGCCUCCUUCUCUGCUGUGAAGAAGAGAGAGUGAAGUGUGUUUCAGUGUUUCUCUAUCCUCCCUAUCAGGAAUUCAGGAUAAGCUUUGCUGCUGCUGCUGCUGAUCUGUUGCAUUUGCCCUGUUCUUGAGCUUGAUUUGUUGGUAUCCCGGUGCAAUGAUUCGUUGCCGCUAGUUGCCACCUUCCUCGCGGCAUGUCCGUAGGAUGAGAGCGACGGGCGGAGACGACAAACCGGCCAUUCCUCCUCCUCCGGUGGUGGUGGUGGUGGACUCACCGUGAAAGAGAGAGACAGAGAGAGACAGAGGUAGGUUGCCAAGAAGUGGUGGCUCCAGCUACUGCCGGGGUCUCUCAUGGAUUGGGAUCUAAAGAUGCCGGUUUCUUGGGACCUGGCCGACCUGGAGCACAACGCCGUGCCGGCUAUGACGGCGGCGGCGGCGGCGGCGGCGACAGCGGCGGAGUCGGGCAUUGCUGCGGUGGCGGCGGCGCGGCCGGAGUGCUCGGUCGACCUCAAGCUCGGCGGGCUGGGCGAGUUCGGCGCGGCGGACGCGCUGAAGGAGCCCGCGGCGGCGAAGGUGCCGGUGGUGUCGAGCACCGCGCCGCCGCCGCCGCCGGCGGCGGCGGCCGCGGCCUCGGUGGCGAGGGUGCCGUCCGCGAGCCCGCUGAAGCGGGCGCGCUCCGGGGCCGGCGGCGCCGGCGCCGGGCAGUGCCCGUCGUGCGCGGUGGACGGGUGCAAGGCCGACCUGAGCAAGCACCGCGACUACCACCGGCGGCACAAGGUCUGCGAGCCACACUCCAAGACGCCCAUCGUCGUCGUCUCCGGCCGCGAGAUGCGCUUCUGCCAACAGUGCAGCAGGUUUCACUUACUCGGGGAGUUUGAUGAGAGUAAGCGUAGUUGUAGAAAACGCUUGGAUGGGCACAAUCGACGCCGCAGGAAGCCACAGGCAGAUAGCAUGAGCUCUAGCUAUAUGACAAGCCAACAAGUUCUGUUUUCAAAUGUAGGAACAAGGUUCGCAUCAUUCACUCCUCCAAGACCAGAGCAAAGCUGGUCUGGGAUCAUCAAAUCUGAGGAAACCCCAUAUUACAGCCACCACCAUCAUCAUCAGGUGAUGAGCAGCAGGCCGCAUUUCGUCGGCGGCUCGCCGUCGUCGUCGCCGACGGCGGCGGCGUUCUCCAGCCCCAAGGAAGGCCGGCGGUUCCCGUUCCUCCAUGAAGGUGACCAGAUCAGCUUCGGCGGCGCGGCGGCGGCGUCGCUGGAGAUCUCGGUGUGCCAGCCCCUCCUCAAGACGGCGACGGCCGCCGCCGUCGCGCCGCCGCCGCCACCACCCGAGAGCAGCAGCAGCAACAAGAUGUUCUCCGACGGGCUGACCACUCGCCACCACCACCACCACCACCAAGUGCUCGACUCCGAUUGUGCUCUCUCUCUUCUGUCAUCCCCGGCCAACUCCUCCAGCGUCGACGUCAGCCGGAUGGUCCAGCAUCCGUCACCGGCAGCGGCAGCAGAGCACCACCACCACAUCCCCGUGGCGCAGCCCCUGGUCCCAAACCUGCACCAGCAGUUCGGCAGCAGCUCGCCGUGGUUCGGCAGCUGCUCCCAGGCGACUGCCGCCGCCACCGGCGACGGCGGCGCCGCCGGAGGAGGCUUCACCUGCCCAAGCAUGGAGAGCGAGCAGCAGCAGCUGAACACCGUACUGGUCCCGGGCUCCAACGACAACGAGAUGAACUUCCACGGCAUCUUCCACGUCGCCGGCGAGGGCUCCUCCGACGGCACGUCCCCUCCACUCCCCUUCUCAUGGCAGUAGCUCCAAAUCUGUAGCAGCUUUUGAUCAUUCUCGUUGCUAGCUAGGCUAGCUAGCUGAUCGGUGUGGUUGAUCUCUCUUCUUGGCAUGGCAUGCUUCCAAUCCCAGUAGUUCGUUGCUCCUCGUGUCUCUGAGCGAAUUGGCAAUGCAGGUUUGCAUGAGAAAUUGGCAGAAAAUUUCCUGUGAAGAACUUGGGCUGAUGUCAGUGCAGUGUAGCAGAAAAUUUCCUGGGCUUCGGACAGUGGGAAUUCGGCCCAUCCGCGUCCCACGUAGCAAUGGGCCUAACGCAACACUGCAUGGUCGAUCCGGAUUUCGUGCGAUGCCGGUAUUACGGUUUUCGAGGA